AUGUCGGGGAGUGACAAAUCUCUGUACGACCAAGUGCAGGACUUUGACUCACCCUUCGCCUCGGCCGAAACACCUUCGGAAAAUUUCUCGCUCAUCGACGCCAAAACAGGGAUGAAGAUGUUGCGAAAUGACUCGAGGUGGAGUAGUGCGGUUUCGAGGAAAGAGACCUGGAAGAUUUUGCUGCAAUCGAUGCUGGCUCAAUGA